CCCGCCCCGUCGCGCCCGCGCCUGCGCCGUGCCAUCAAGCGGCCUCGAGCGCCCCGGCGGGAGAUUUUUCUAUGUGAGUGGAGAAGACAGUUGCUGCAAGUAGAAGUGACACAAUAUUUUUUUAGGAUGUCUGAAGAUGAAAAAGUGAAAUUACGGCGUCUUGAACCAGCUAUCCAGAAAUUCAUUAAGAUAGUAAUCCCAACAGACCUGGAGAGGCUAAGAAAGCACCAGAUAAAUAUUGAGAAGUACCAAAGGUGCAGAAUCUGGGAUAAGUUGCAUGAAGAGCAUAUCAAUGCAGGACGUACAGUUCAGCAACUCCGUUCCAAUAUCCGAGAAAUGGAAAAACUUUGUUUGAAGGUCCGUAAGGAUGACCUAGUACUUCUGAAAAGAAUGAUAGAUCCUGUUAAAGAAGAAGCAUCAGCAGCAACAGCAGAAUUUCUUCAACUCCAUCUGGAAUCUGUAGAAGAGCUUAAGAAACAAUUUAAUGAUGAAGAAACUUUAUUACAGCCUUCUUUGACCAGAUCCAUGACUGUUGGUGGAACAUUUCACACUGCUGAGGCUGAAGCCGAUCCUCAGAAUAUGACUCAGGUAUAUGCAUUGCCUGAAAUUCCUCGAGAUCAAAAUGCUGCAGAAUCAUGGGAAACCUUAGAAGCGGACUUAAUUGAACUUAGCCAACUGGUCACUGAUUUCUCUCUCCUAGUGAAUUCUCAGCAGGAGAAGAUUGACAGCAUUGAAGACCAUGUCAACAGAGCUGCUGUGAAUGUUGAAGAGGGAACCAAAAACUUGGGGAAGGCUGCAAAAUACAAGCUGGCAGCUCUGCCUGUGGCAGGUGCACUCAUCGGAGGAGUGGUGGGGGGUCCGAUUGGCCUCCUUGCAGGCUUCAAAGUGGCAGGAAUUGCAGCUGCACUUGGUGGUGGGGUGUUGGGCUUCACAGGUGGAAAAUUGAUACAAAGAAAGAAACAGAAAAUGAUGGAGAAGCUCACUUCCAGCUGUCCAGAUCUUCCCAGCCAAACUGACAAAAAAUGCAGUUAAAAACCAAACUUCAGUAUUAUUGGCACCAAUAUGUUUAUCCUAAUGAGGACCUUUGCUACUGUUGGACACUCAGUCAGCUUUUGGAACAUGAUUAUGUCAAGAUAGUGGCUGUAGAUGCUCAAAUGGGAUUGAACUGUGAUAAGUGGAUAUAUCUUUUUGUUUGCUGGAGUGUUAGUGGAGAUGUUAGAGAUUGAGGAGCCUGGGUUGAGGGUGUGUAAUGUUGUCAGGUAAAGUUUAAGGACUGCCAGGGAGCAGAUUUUUGCCUGGAAAUGUGAAAAAUGAAUUUAUAACUUUGAUAAGGACUUGAGAUGUAUGGAUAUGAUGGAUUAUGGAAGACUAGUCUAUUCCAUAACCCUGACUUGGAGACCCUAAGGCUAAGUGUAUUCUAAAUAUGCUUAUUUAUCUCCUAAAUAUAGGAGGUUAUUUAGGCCUGUUAACAAAGAAAAGAAUGGGGAGUUCAGGAGCCUUUCUUAUCAAAUAAGGAAAUCAGGAUCUAGUAAGGGGUGCAGAUGAACUACAGAAUGGAGUCCAUUUGGUGAACCCUAUUACAGUUUGGUCCACCUGUAUUUUCUGGUGAAGGACACUAAUAGUGUAAGAAAAAGGAAAGGGAGGUACAACUUCUCUUUGAGAUACCUUAAUUUGUGACACUGGCUUCUUCUGUGAGCUCCUCCUUCUGUCUCUUUAAAUAAAGAACACAGAAUCUCAAGUGAUAGGGGACUAUUAAGCCAGUCACUAAGCUUGGUCUGUCAGCCUGUCUCUUAACACCUCAAAGAUCUAGUGCCCUCUGCCUUCCCUGCCUUGUAAUUCUGCAAAGUUCUUUGGCUUGUGGGAUGAAUUCUACCCAUGUGUAAUGAGGACUUCUCAUAAUCUGCUUUCUUGUAUUGUGUCCCAUCUCUGUUCAUCUUUUCCUGUAACCUUUAGGUUAAAGAGAGAAAGGAAGAGAAAGCUCCAAAUAUUUCCAACAUUGUUAGAGUGUGAGGUAAAAAAAUAAGCAGAAGACAGGGGGACACCAGCUCAUUUCUUGGGGCAUCUUAAAAUUUCAAGAGACUGAUGUACGGGCCACACAAGGAAUCUCUGACCCUAAGUCUUUUCAGCUGGCCCUUUGGGGAGCUAAGAACUAGCUUUCUACCUCACUUCUGUUACUACCAUCCUUUCCCCAGGCUUUGCUGUCUCUAUGCUUUGCUUUACUUUUCACAGCUGUUAUUUCUUCCUAAGAAUGGCAUUCUUGCUAGUCUUUUCUCACAUUGAAGCUGAUAGACAAAGCCUGGUGCCAAGACUGAUCCUGAUGAAGGAUUUGUGGUGCUAACCCCAACACUUGACAUUGAUAGCAAGCAUGGCCCAGCCCAAUCCAGUGUCUAUCUCAAAUAGCCAAAACAGGUAGCCUCAUCCUGUACCCCCAAUUCAUUUGAAAUAGGAAGGAGCCACCUUUUGCCUUAAUCUUUACCGUUUUCUGAGAGCAGAGAAAUGGGCACCUUUACCACAAAAUGUGUGAGCUCAGGAGCCAAACAGAUUCCUCUGGUGGUUGAAUGGUUUAUCACUUCUCUCUCGUUGAGUUUACUCUUAAUUUGUAUUGUUUGCUUGCUACCUUUUACUUCUUUGUCUAAUGUAGAUAGACCUUUCUCUCACACUUUUUUGACUCUCACCAAUGAAGUCUAAUGAAGAGAAAGCACCGUUUCUUACUGGCAUUAAAUAACUGGAAAAUAUCAAGUAUUGCUAUCUGCUGACUUGUAUCUUCAGUAUGAUGCCAAAAAGGAAGUGCUUUGAAUAAGUGUCAGAUUCUGAUGCAGUAUUUGAUACUGGUACCUGUAAGGUUAGGGUAAUUAUUUUGGAACUCCACCUUCUUAAAUAUUUUCUGAUCUUUGCUGUCCUUUAACACAGAGUAUUCAAACCAGAACGAGGACUCAUCCAGGGUGCUUAUUUAAAACAAGAUUGCUAAACUUCAGUCGCAUUGGUAACUCUAACAAUGGCCAGCCAGUCUGGCCUGGUCAGCUAAAAUUAUAAAUUUAAAGUAUAGUUACAUCAAGAUUCAGCUGUAUCAUUGAAUUCUGUAAUUUCCAAGUAUUCUCCCCUUCAGUGUGGCCCAGUCUUCUUUGCUCCAUAUCAUUCUCACUCUGCCAACCCACAACUGGCUACACUUUUUAGCCCACCAUCUUUUUUUUUUUUUUAAUGUUGAUUUAUUUAUUUUAGAAAGAGAGAAACACAGCAUGAGCGGGAGGGGCAGAGGGAGUCUUAAGCAGACUCCACACUGAGCGUAGAGUCUGAUGCGGGGCUCAGUCUCACGACCCUGAGUUGUGAGACCAAGAGUCGGACGCUUAACCGACUGUGCCACCCAGGUGCCCCCUACCCUUAGCCCACCAUCUUAGUGGCACUAGGGACUCAUUACCCUAUCAGGCUAGUUUUACAUGGAAACUGGAGGAGAGAGGAGGCCUAUUGUAAUUGAAGCUUACAUUUUGUUUGAGGAUCUUGCAUUUUUCAUCAGCCAGUUUGGGAUACCACUGUAUGUGCUCAUAUAGGACUUUGAUUUUUACUACUCAUCAGGAUUGGAAUAUUACUCCAGAAGUCUUCAUGCUCAGGCAAAUUGCCGUCCUUUUAAAAAGUUUUAUAGUUUAAAAUCAUUUAGAAAUUAUAUCUAAUUUCCCCAUAAUAGAAUCUAAUAGCUAACUUUUUGUAGAAAUUUCUAGAAGUGUUUAAUCAACUAUAAAUUAUAUACCUAUAAACUGUAAAGUGCUUAGAGGUAUGAAUUAGUUAAUAUGACACAGAAACCAAUCUUAAACUGAAUUUAAUGCCCUAGGGUACCAGAUUAAAUUUAUCUUCUCUGUGAUUCAUGUCUUAUUUUUACUAGAUUGAAGUUAGAAGAUAAGGGUCACUUUGAUUAAGUUCUUAAAAUUUACAGAGGUACAAACUUCCAGUUAUAAAAUUAAAUUACAGGGGUGAAAAGUACAGAAUAGAGGGGGGAAAUAGAGGUUCAUUUGAAUAAAAGUGCUUCUAAAGACCUUUUUUGUUUUUCUAAACUCUUUCUGAUACAAUAAUCUGAGAAUUUCUCUGUAGAGCAGAGACUUUGAAACUUUGUGGUUGUAACCCACAGUAAAAAAUGCAUUUAUAUAAAAACUCAGAAUAUGUAUAAUGGAGAAUACCAUUAUGUGUAGUGUACUCUGAUGUUUUUUAUUUCAGUUUUUAAAAUAUUGCUGGUUGCAACCUACCAAAUUGAUUUCAUAACCUACCAAUGGGUUGUGACCCUUAGUUUGAAAAGAAGAAGACACCAUAUGGAGGAACGGAUAUUUAUUGAAUAUCUUCUGUUUUCCAGGCACUUCACUAGGCAUUUUACAGGUAAGGAAACUGAGUCUCAGAGAAGUUGAGUGACUUGCAGAGGGUUAUUCAGCUGUAAAAGGUUGAAACCAGAGGGAUGUUAACUAGGUCUCUUGAACUACAAAAAUUUGUUACUCUCAUACCAUGCUGCUUCUGUAUAUAAAAUUAAGGUAGGCCAUUCAUCCUGCUUCACCCAAAUACUGGUAUAUUCCAUAAGGCAGGCUUGCUGUGAAAUUACAUGUGCUGUUUAUUUGCA